GUCGCCGUGCACGCGGCGGCGCUCGCCGAGGCGCGGGGCGCGCCCGCCACGGGCCUCCGGCUGCUGGCGCCCUUCCUCAUCUGGGGCGCGGACCGCGCGGUCCUGGUCGAGGCCGGGCCGUACUGGGCGCCGGCGGCGCUCUGGGCGGCGCUUGUCUUCGGCGACCUCGACCGCCGCGGCGCGGAGAAGGACCGGGCGCGGCGGCGGCGGCGGCGCGUCCCCGGCGCG